GAGGCCCACUCCCUGAGCCCGCAGCCGCCCGUUAUUGCCGGGGAUCGCGGCGCGCCCCGCUCGCCGUUCCUGAAUGCGGUGGAAAAGCAGGCGGGCCUCCUCCCGAGGGAGCCCGCCGUCACACCCAGCCUGUCUUGCGUCGGCGUGUCGUCCACAUGCUACUGGUUCCGGCCAUGUGGAAGUAUGCAAGACUUAACAGCACAAGUGACUAGUAGUCUUCUGCACUUCCCAGAAGUGACUAUUCAAGCCCUUGGAGAAGACCAAAUAACACUAGACUCUGUGCUUCGUGGAAAACUUGCUGCAGGAAAAAACGGACUUGCUUGCUUAGCCUGUGGUCCACAACUUGAGGUAGUAAACUCUCUAACAGGAGAGCGGUUGUCUGCAUAUAGGUUCAGUGAAGUGAAUGAACAGCCUCCUAUAGUCCUAGCUGUGAAAGAAUUCUCUUGGCAGAAGAGAGCUGGAUUGUUAAUCGGCUUGGAAGAAGCGGACGGGAGUGUUCUCUGCCUUUAUGACAUUAGUAUAUCAAGAGUGGUUAAAGCAGUUGUUCUUCCUGGAAGGGUAACAGCUAUUGAACCUAUAAUUAAUCAUGGAGGAGCCAGUGCAAGCACACAGCAUUUACACCCAAGUCUGAGAUGGCUUUUUGGUGUGGCAGCUGUGGGCACUGAUGUUGGACAGAUCCUUCUUAUUGACCUGUGUUUAGAUGACUUGACAUGCAGUCAGAAUGAAGUAGAGGCAUCAGACCUCGAAGUCAUAAUUGGCAUCCCAGCUGAAGUACCACACAUCAGAGAAAGUGUGAUGCGAGAAGGACGUCAUCUGUGUUUCCAAUUAGUGAGCCCACUGGGAACAGCCAUUUCAACUCUUAGUUACAUAAACAGGACAAAUCAGCUUGGUGUAGGUUCUUCAGAUGGCAACCUAGCACUUUGGAAUAUGAAAAGCAUGAAAAGAGAAUACUACACACAAUUGGAAGGUGGAAGAGUUCCUGUAUAUGCUGUUACUUUUCAAGAACCUGAGAAUGAUCCUCGUAAUUGCUGUUACUUGUGGGCUGUUCAGUCUACACAAGAUAGUGAAGGGGAUGUUUUGAGUUUGCACCUACUUCAGCUGGCUUUCAGUGAUAGAAACUGUUUGGCAUCAGGACAAAUCUUAUAUGAGGGGUUAGAGUACUGUGAAGAAAGAUAUACACUGGACCUCACAGGUGGCAUGUUUCCUUUGAGGGAACAGACAACUAAUACCAAACUGUUGGGAUGCCAGAGUAUAGAGAAAUUUCGAUCUCAUGGUGACAGGGAGGAAGGUAUGAAUGAAGUUCUGUCUCCUGACACCAGUGUUGCAGUCUUUACCUGGCAGGUCAAUAUAUAUGGACAGGGAAAGCCUUCUAUAUAUUUGGGGCUUUUCGACAUAAAUCGUUGGUAUCAUGCACAAAUGCCAGAUUCAUUGAGAUCUGGAGAAUAUCUACGUAAUUGCUCUUAUUUUGCACUGUGGUCACUGGAUCCUGUUGUAAGUAGGAUUUCGCCACAUCACAUCUUGGAUAUAUUAGUACAUGAGAGAAGUUUAAGUCGAGGAGUUCCUCCUUCUUACCCACCUCCUGAGCAGUUUUUUAACCCAAGUACUUAUAAUUUUGAUGCCACUUGUUUGUUAAACUCAGGAGUUGUUCACAUAACUUGUACUGGCUUUCAGAAAGAGACUUUGACUUUUUUAAAGAAAUCAGGACCGUCUCUCAGUGAAGUCAUUCUUGAUAGUUAUAACCGAUGUCUUGUGGCUGGCCUUCUUUCACCAAGACUUAUUGAUAUUCAACCUUCCAGUUUAAGUCAGGAAGAACAGUUAGAAGCUAUAUUGUCAGCAGCAGUCCAGACAAGUUCCCUGGGACUUUUGACUGGAUGUAUCAAAAGGUGGAUAACAGAAGAACAACCAAAUUCUGCUGCUAAUUUGCGCUUUGUUCUUGAAUGGACAUGGAAUAAAGUAGUUCUCACAAAAGAGGAAUUUGACAGACUAUGUACGCCAUUAUUUGAUGGUUCAUGUCGUUUCACCGAUCCACAAACUAUACAGUCUAUUCAACAAUGCCAUUUGCUUCUUAGCAACCUUAAUACAGUCUUAAGCUGUUUUGCAACAGAGGCCCAAGAGAUCACUGACAGAGGUCUUGUGGAUUUAAGCAAUAAGUGUAAGGUCACCCAGCUCAUCUGUCAGUAUGCACAAAUGGUUCUUUGGUUCUCUCAUUCUGGACUUUUACCAGAGGGCUUAGAUGAUGCUGUGCAGUUACCACGGUUACGCUACAACUACCCUGGAAUUCAGAGCUACUACACCAGCCAUCGGCAGAACUGCGAACAUUUAUCAAGAGGGAAGUGGAACCCUGAUUGUUUGAUGAUUGACGGAAUAGUUUCUCAGUUGGGAGAUGAAGUUGAGAAGUUGUGGAAACGGGAUGAAGGAGGCACAGGAAAAUAUCCUCCUACCAGUCUACAUGCACUCCUUGACAUAUACCUGCUAGACAACGUUACCAAAGCAAACAAGCAUUCUGUUACCAUUUAUUUGCUACUCGAUAUUAUGUAUUCCUUUCCAAACAAAACAGAUAAUUACAUUGAAUCAUUUCCAACUGCCUUUGCCAUUUCUUGGGGCCAGGUUAAACUUAUUCAAGGGUUUUGGCUGAUAGAUCAUAAUGACUAUGAGAGUGGUUUGGAUCUUCUUUUUCAUCCAGCUACUGCAAAACCUCUGUCAUGGCAACAUUCAAAGAUUAUUCAAGCCUUGAUGAGUCAGCAUGAGCACAGACAAGCGCUCAGAUACAUUCAGACAAUGAAGCCAACAGUGUCCAACAGUAGUGAUGUUACCCUUCACCUCACUGUUCUGCUUUUUAAUAGGUGCAUGGUUGAGGCCUGGAGUUUACUGCGGCAACAUUCUAAUAGGUUGAAUGUAGAGGAGUUACUAAAGCACACAUACGAAGUUUGUCAGGAAAUUGGCUUAAUGGAGGAUCUACUGAAGUUACCAUUUACAGACACUGAGCAGGAGUGUUUGGUGAGAUUUUUGCAGUCCAGCACCAGUGUUCAGAAUCAGGAAUUCCUUGUAGUUCACCAUUUACAGCGUGCCAAUUACAUCCCUGCCUUGAAGCUGAACCAAACUUUGAAGACUAAUCUUAUGAAUGAUCGUGACCCUCGUUUGCGGGAGAGAUCAGUGGCUCGAAAUUCUAUGUUAGACCAAUACAGGAAAAUCCUUCCUAGAGUCCAGCGAAAAUUAGCCAUUGGGCGAGCUAAGCCUUACCAUCUGUCAACAUCAUCAGUUCUUCGAGAAGUUCCUCGACCCAAACCAUUAUCAGCAGUUCCAAAGCAAGCUGUAAAAGGAACUGUGUUAACAAGAUCUACGUUCAUCGGUAAUGUGUUAUCUAAAAUUGGAGAGGUUUGGGCAAGCAAUGAACCUAAAAAUAACAUCCCAGGCUAUAAUAGUUCUAAAAUAGAACCAUCUCCUAUAGUAUAUUCUCUGCCAGAUUCAGAGUUGCCUGAGGCAUUUGUUGGAACGCCAGUUUCAAAAGCAUCACAAAAAAUUUUAAGGCUACUGGAUCUGGUUGUUCAUCCUGUCCCACAGCCUUCUCAGUGUUUGGGAUUUAUUCAGCAAACACCCACAAGAUCUCCUUUGCACUCUGCAUCCAGUUCACUGCCAAUAACUUCACAAUUAAAAGGAUCACAUCAGAAUGCCUCCAGGGCUUCAGAACUACGUUUACUUGAAACUCCUCUUGUAGUUAAGAAAGCUAAAACUUUGGCCAUGUCAGUAACUUCCUCUGGAUUCGCCGAGUUCACUCCUCAAUCCAUCCUAAGGUCUGGUCUUCGAACAACACCUAUAGCAUCGCCCUCUCUUUCACCUGGAAGGUCUCUUACUCCUCCUUUACGACUUAAAGAAACUAGAAUUUCCUUUGUGGAAGAAGGCAUGACCACAAAAUGGACUGCUGGAAAUACAGGUGAAAGCAAAACAAAAGUGUUUGUUACUACACCUGUCCAUAAAGAUGGAGUUCCAGCAGAACCUGAAUGGCUGAAGAACAAAGAUAAGUCAUCUUUUUCCAUUAGUAGCCCUGAAAAGGACCAUCCGGAAAUGGAUGUGAGGUCACAGGAUACACCUUCACAAAGUUUGGAGAAACUGGAUAUGAGCAAAGAAAAUACCAAUGCUUCUUCCAGGUCAGAUCAGAUUACCUUGGAGUAUCAGGAUGCACCAUCACCAGAAGACUUUGAAGAUACUAUCUUGGCCUCUAAGACAGCAGUUUCUUCCACUGAAAUUAUAUCUAAUUUAACUGAGCAGACUGAGAAGGAACUUGAUAAAGAUGUGUUUGAAUCAGAAGUUACUCCUCCAGACCAAGAGAAACAAAUGGCUUUGGCCAGUGUCCUUGGUGAUAGUGGAAGCUCUGGACUUGUUCUCUCUGCAAGUCCUGUUCACUCAGAACAUAGGCUUGGCCGGGAAGUAGCACUGAACUUAAAAGAAGACUGUGAAAUAGAAGUUGGUGUACUAAAAGCAACUGUUGACUUACAAGAAGAAAAGCUUCCAAUUUCUGAUGGUCCUCCUGAUACUCAAGAAAGUCAUGUGACUGAACAUGAAAAGCUUGAAGUUCAAGAUUCAGGACGAGAGACUAGGAAUCUUUCAUUUACGGAGUUGUAUCCCUCAGGAACUCUUAAGCUUCAGUAUAAUUUUGAUGCCAUUGAGCAACAGUUUUGUGACUUGCCCGAUAAUAAAGACUCUGCUGAGUGUGACAUUGCUGAAGUAGACGGGGAACUUUUUGUGGCUCAGAGCAACUUUACCUUGAUCCUGGAAGGUGAAGAAGGGGAACUAGAGAUAGGUGAUUCUGCAGCAUCUGGCGUGUUGGCCAAAGCAACUAACACGGCAUCUGAGAAAAAACAUGUCCACAGUGGGGAAGAUGGUAAUCAUGGGCAUGUUGCAGAGAAGCCAUCUGUCACAACUAGUGAUCAGGAGCCCCAAAAGGCAGAGACAUUACCAUAUGUGCCUGAACCGAUUAAAGUAGCAAUUGCAGAAAAUUUGUUAGAUGUAAUUAAAGACACAAGAAAUAAAGAAAUUACUUCAGAUACAAUGGAACAGUCCAUUCAUGGAAACAUACCUCUAAUAAACCAAAAGGUAAUGUGUUCCAAGGUAGUCAAAUCUACAUUUAAGACUGUUCAGGAAACAAAUACAGUGACUAUAAAUGUCAGCCAAGUUAAUGACAUGAUUUCCUCCAGAACUCGCACGAGAGGACAACGUGUCCAAAACCUGAAUAUCACAUCACAGCAGGAAGAGUCAGCAGAAGUAGCUGCUCCUCAGAUGCUGGGGCUUUCAAUUAUGAAGAAAACUAGGAAAACAAAAAUCUCUGGAGCUUCUGAAAGUGCCUGUUCUGAUGUCACAGGAAUAUCUCAGAACCAGCAACUACCUCAAAAUUCUGUUACACCUAGGAGAGGAAGAAGCAAAAGAGAGAUUAAUCAAGACACAUUAGAAAGUAUUAAUUCUGUGGAACAAGAAUUACAGGUUACUCCAAGUAGGAGAUUAAGAAGGUUAAAAUCAUCUCAGCUGCUGGAACCAGCAACUGAAGAAACUUCUUUUAGAAAAGAAGUUAAGCUUUCAUCUGUUACAAAAAGGACUCCUAAGAGAAUUAAAAAAUCUGUUGAAAAUGAGGAAAGUGUUGAAACUGUAAAUGAUCUAAAAGUUAAUAAAACAGUAAGUCCUACGAGAAGUACCAGAAAACUGAGAGGUGCUAAUUUAGAAGCUUCUGGAAACAAAGGAUAUAAACAAGAUGGGAAGUCCAGUGAACAGCCUAUUCUACCUACCAGAAGGGUUCAGAGAAAAGUUAGUGCCUCAGAUGUUCUGGAAGGCUCUAAACUUGAUUCAUCUCACUUGACUCUUGAAGCAAAAUUUGAUGUGCCUACAAUACCUAGGAAACGUGGUAGACCAAGAAAAAUUAAUUCCUCUGAAGAUGUAGGAUCUAAAAUUGUUCAGGAAGCAGGAUGUUCCAAGAAGAGAGAAGCUCUCAGCAUCCAAAGGAAAUCUACAAGAAAUAUCCCAGCUAAGAGUGAAAAUACUGAUGUUGGAAAACUAGCUUUAGUGCCAAAUGAGGAAUUUACUACUGAGCUGAGCGCUAAGAAAAAGCUUACAGAAAGGACUGAAAAUCAAAGCCAAAAACAUCCAUUAUGCUCACUGUCAGAAAAAUGCAUAGAUAAAGGAAUGACACACGCAGAACCAGAUGGCCAAGAGGAAAAACUGCUUGUCACACCUGCUCUGACAAAAACCUCUCGUAGCACAAGAACUAGAUCCAGCAAGGCCAUCUUGUUGCCGGACCUUUCUGAAUCAACAAAUGAGUCUUUAAGUAGCCCUGAAAAGGACCAUCCGGAAAUGGAUGUGAGGUCACAGGAUACACCUUCACAAAGUUUGGAGAAACUGGAUAUGAGCAAAGAAAAUACCAAUGCUUCUUCCAGGUCAGAUCAGAUUACCUUGGAGUAUCAGGAUGCACCAUCACCAGAAGACUUUGAAGAUACUAUCUUGGCCUCUAAGACAGCAGUUUCUUCCACUGAAAUUAUAUCUAAUUUAACUGAGCAGACUGAGAAGGAACUUGAUAAAGAUGUGUUUGAAUCAGAAGUUACUCCUCCAGACCAAGAGAAACAAAUGGCUUUGGCCAGUGUCCUUGGUGAUAGUGGAAGCUCUGGACUUGUUCUCUCUGCAAGUCCUGUUCACUCAGAACAUAGGCUUGGCCGGGAAGUAGCACUGAACUUAAAAGAAGACUGUGAAAUAGAAGUUGGUGUACUAAAAGCAACUGUUGACUUACAAGAAGAAAAGCUUCCAAUUUCUGAUGGUCCUCCUGAUACUCAAGAAAGUCAUGUGACUGAACAUGAAAAGCUUGAAGUUCAAGAUUCAGGACGAGAGACUAGGAAUCUUUCAUUUACGGAGUUGUAUCCCUCAGGAACUCUUAAGCUUCAGUAUAAUUUUGAUGCCAUUGAGCAACAGUUUUGUGACUUGCCCGAUAAUAAAGACUCUGCUGAGUGUGACAUUGCUGAAGUAGACGGGGAACUUUUUGUGGCUCAGAGCAACUUUACCUUGAUCCUGGAAGGUGAAGAAGGGGAACUAGAGAUAGGUGAUUCUGCAGCAUCUGGCGUGUUGGCCAAAGCAACUAACACGGCAUCUGAGAAAAAACAUGUCCACAGUGGGGAAGAUGGUAAUCAUGGGCAUGUUGCAGAGAAGCCAUCUGUCACAACUAGUGAUCAGGAGCCCCAAAAGGCAGAGACAUUACCAUAUGUGCCUGAACCGAUUAAAGUAGCAAUUGCAGAAAAUUUGUUAGAUGUAAUUAAAGACACAAGAAAUAAAGAAAUUACUUCAGAUACAAUGGAACAGUCCAUUCAUGGAAACAUACCUCUAAUAAACCAAAAGGUAAUGUGUUCCAAGGUAGUCAAAUCUACAUUUAAGACUGUUCAGGAAACAAAUACAGUGACUAUAAAUGUCAGCCAAGUUAAUGACAUGAUUUCCUCCAGAACUCGCACGAGAGGACAACGUGUCCAAAACCUGAAUAUCACAUCACAGCAGGAAGAGUCAGCAGAAGUAGCUGCUCCUCAGAUGCUGGGGCUUUCAAUUAUGAAGAAAACUAGGAAAACAAAAAUCUCUGGAGCUUCUGAAAGUGCCUGUUCUGAUGUCACAGGAAUAUCUCAGAACCAGCAACUACCUCAAAAUUCUGUUACACCUAGGAGAGGAAGAAGCAAAAGAGAGAUUAAUCAAGACACAUUAGAAAGUAUUAAUUCUGUGGAACAAGAAUUACAGGUUACUCCAAGUAGGAGAUUAAGAAGGUUAAAAUCAUCUCAGCUGCUGGAACCAGCAACUGAAGAAACUUCUUUUAGAAAAGAAGUUAAGCUUUCAUCUGUUACAAAAAGGACUCCUAAGAGAAUUAAAAAAUCUGUUGAAAAUGAGGAAAGUGUUGAAACUGUAAAUGAUCUAAAAGUUAAUAAAACAGUAAGUCCUACGAGAAGUACCAGAAAACUGAGAGGUGCUAAUUUAGAAGCUUCUGGAAACAAAGGAUAUAAACAAGAUGGGAAGUCCAGUGAACAGCCUAUUCUACCUACCAGAAGGGUUCAGAGAAAAGUUAGUGCCUCAGAUGUUCUGGAAGGCUCUAAACUUGAUUCAUCUCACUUGACUCUUGAAGCAAAAUUUGAUGUGCCUACAAUACCUAGGAAACGUGGUAGACCAAGAAAAAUUAAUUCCUCUGAAGAUGUAGGAUCUAAAAUUGUUCAGGAAGCAGGAUGUUCCAAGAAGAGAGAAGCUCUCAGCAUCCAAAGGAAAUCUACAAGAAAUAUCCCAGCUAAGAGUGAAAAUACUGAUGUUGGAAAACUAGCUUUAGUGCCAAAUGAGGAAUUUACUACUGAGCUGAGCGCUAAGAAAAAGCUUACAGAAAGGACUGAAAAUCAAAGCCAAAAACAUCCAUUAUGCUCACUGUCAGAAAAAUGCAUAGAUAAAGGAAUGACACACGCAGAACCAGAUGGCCAAGAGGAAAAACUGCUUGUCACACCUGCUCUGACAAAAACCUCUCGUAGCACAAGAACUAGAUCCAGCAAGGCCAUCUUGUUGCCGGACCUUUCUGAAUCAACAAAUGAGUCUUUCUUUUCUCCUCCUAUGGCAAAAGUUCCAAGGAAAGAGAAAGCUAAAAAAAUAGAGGCUCCGGCACAGCUGAAAGAAUUAGUUUCAGAUUUAUCUUCUCAAUUUGUCUUCUCCCCUCCUACCUUAAGGACUAGGCAAAAAAACACAUCCAAUACAUCCAAACUAGUGGUUGAACUGGAAGAUUAUGCUAAAUCAACAGAAGCUUCUUUUUUCAGAAACACAGAGGAAGAUAGUUGGUCAGCUCCUCCAGGAGAAAUUAAGCUGAUUUCUCCCUUGGCAAGCCCGACUAAUGGAGUGAAGAGCAGGCCAAGAAAAACUACAGAAGCAACAGGAAAAGCUCCUGGAAGGAGCAGAAAGAAACUGUCUUCCUUUCCAAAACAAGUUUUACGCAGAAAAAUGCUGUAAUUUUUUUUCAAGUUUUAAAUGUAUACCUAUUUGUAAAGUCAUCAGAAUUGUGUGGAUUAUUAAAAACCACCUAAUUUGGAAGAAGAUAAUUUAUAUAAAUUAUUGUAAAUUUUUGUAAACAAAAGGUCUUCAAUAAGUAAAGUAACUCCAUAUGGAGUGUAAUUCUUUUAGUCCAGGCAGUUUUUCUAUUUUAUAUUAAGACUUCAUACAUUUAUAUAAUAUGUAAAUAUGGCUUAUUACUGGAAUGUCAAAUAAAGUGUAUACUUAACAGUAGUUUGUGUCUGUUAGAUUUUUCAGAGGGGAUUUCUGUUUUAAGAAUUUUAUAUGCUAGCAGCCAUUGGUUCCAUUUUCUUUCUCUACAGUUAAAAGUAUUAGACCAAUCUCUAAAUGAGGGUGAUUGAACUGCUUUUUUUAAUUGCUAUUUUAUAAUUUAUGCACUUUGCUUCUGUGAUUAAGAUUUCUAAUCAGAUGGUAUAAUUUUUGGGGGCUGUUACUAUGUUGAAAUUUAAUUACGGGCAUGAAAUUUUGCUGAUUUUUUUGUAGUUAACAAAUUUUGUGUAUUCUACCUCAAAUGAGUAAUUUUCCAAGUAAUGAAUUGGUUAAAUAUAAUGUUGGCAUUUCUUGUUCAGCAAGCUGAAAGGCUAUUUAUCUUUAAAGUCUCUUAAUUAUUCAGAGACUAAUUAUUCAGGUUAGAUUGACCGGUUCACUGCUCACUAGCAACUUCUUAAAAGGGUUUGAGAAGGAAGGGAAAUGUAAAACAAAUCUGUUUAAUGGCUAUUAGUUGCACCCUGUGUGUGCCUAAUAUCGAUAGAAGUCUGAAAAAAUUUUAUAUUCUUACUGUGAAGGAGCCUGCUACUGAAUCACAGAAAUCCCUUAAUAUUCAGGUUUUAACUGACAGAUUCUCAGAGGACCUCAGGCACAGACUAUCGAGGUUGGGGAAAGAGAUGAGUACAUGUGGAAAAAGGGGAAAAAAAUCAAACACUGUUCUCUGCAGUAUGACUGUGUGCAACUAGGUGGUGAUCCUUGAUGUAGGCUAUAAAAUGCAUCAAUAAAUAAGUCUUGUAAAAUAAUUUAUAACAGGUAAUUGAUAGUGUGUAAUGAAUGGACUAUUCAUAAUUGAUCAUCUUCUUUGUUGAAGAAGCUUUUAAUGUUUUAGUGUGAAGCUUAAGCAGUGUGCUUUUGACAUCGUUUUCUACCAAACAACAUGUAUAAUGGGAAAAUGAUAAAAAUGCCUGUGCUGAGUCCAGACAGUGUAAAAGUAGCGGUGCACGUGCGGCCUUUUAGCCAGGUCAGUGAUCAGUGUCGCGUGGCCUUGGCAAAAAUGUGUCUGACUUGCGUUAAUAAUUAUUGAUUUUUUUUAAUGAUAGUUAUCAAACUUGUAUUUAAACUGCUUGUCAUCUAUGGAAUAAUUAAGUUUAUUUAAACAAACUUGUUAAAUGAGUAAUUUAAAGGUCUAAAUAUAAUGCACUAAACAAUUUCAUUCCUUUGCGCAAGUAGCACAAUAAAAAAUUGACAAGAGAUGUACUGUCAUGUUAAUAAUCUUUUAAACCAAUGCAGUUUGGUGAGUAUAGACCUGUGCUGUCUGCUUUUAAUUAUGUACUUUUUUCCCCUCAGUAACAAUAGAUCAUCAGCAAAUUACCCAUUCUCUACGAACUCUAUAACCUGAAUGCCUUUGUGUUUAAUACAUACUGUUCUUCAAACUGUGUUGCUACAAUUUAGGAUAAAAUAUGGAUUAUACUCAU